AUGGCGGCUUCCCGACAUCUGCUGAGGAGGGCUGCAUCAGCAGAAUCGGGGGCGCCAAUUCGAGGAAGUGGACUGGGGGCAGGAGACUCGCUGCCCGAUUCCAUCUCCUUUUCUGUUAUCCGGAAGCUCUGUCGGACACGGAAAGGCCUCCAGAGGAUCUUGCAGGUUUACCAGACACAACAGUCUCCUUCCUUGCCUUCGCCAAGAGCUUCUCCAGGGAACGCGGCUUCUCGCACUGGGGAUACGGAACAGUGUCUCCUUCCCUCUCCCGACGCCCUGGUGUACGUUGCGCAGGCCCUGUGUCGAUCAGAACUUGCUGGCUGUUCCCCUUCUGCGUUCUCUUCGUCUUCUUCGCCAGCGUCUCCGUUCUCCCCGUCGCAUGCUCUGAAGCGGGCGCAGCUGCUUCGAGGGCGGCAGACGGCAGACGUACGGCAAGGCAAAGGGACUAAAUACGAGGAAAGCAAACCGUUAGGGGAAGCUGCUGAGGGAGCUGCAUGCGUACCACAUGUCUCUCCUGGUUCGCAGCCUACCUGUGCCGGGCUUCCUUCGUCGUCUCUGCCUUCAUCCUUGUGUCAAGAGAGUUCUGUACGUUCAUCUUCUCCGUUGUCUCCUUCUUCUGUCGCUCCUUCCUCCUCUUGUCAGUCACCUCUUGUGGACGCGUACAUACGCAAGGAGGAGGCUGGAAGUCGCUUUGAAGAAGGUGGGGAAGACACGCGUCACAGCGCGUUUGAUGCGCGGGAAGAUGAUAGAGAACAGGACCUGGCACUGGAUGCUUCUGUCUUGUUUCGGCUACGCGGCUUCUCGCAGGCAUCGCCAACAGCGUGUUUAUCCCCUCUGGCGGCGCAGUUCCUGAUAGACCAUGCCCUUCUUUUCAUCGAUAAGGGCAUUCAUCACGUGCGAAGACCAUAUCCGUUUCAUGAUCCCGACUCGUCUUCCUUCUCUGCUCAAGCGUUUUCCUCUCCAGCUUCCUCGACAUCUACACGCAGAGCCCCCGUUGCAACUCAUUCUCCCCAGCCCUCCUCGCUCGUCCAGCAUCCAUUGCCUUCGAGCUCCUUGUCGUCUUUCUCCCCGGCCAACUACUCCUUUCUGCUUUUUUCGCUUUCGUUCUCGCCUUCCCACAGCCUCGACAGUGCAGCUGCGAUUCGCCUGCUUCGUCCGCUCCCUGCACUGCUUCCCCAGUUUUCGCUUCUCGACCUCUCUCAAACGGUCGCCUUCAUGACACAGCUGCCGCGACUCCUAACAAAGGAAAGUGGACGAAGAGGUACUGACUUUUUUGCCUGGAGCUUGGCUCGCGGCCUGCGCCACCAACCGACGUAUAGAGUUGCGUUCUCUCCAGGAGAACCUAUCCUAACUGUUUUACCCUCUCCUCCCACCGCAUCGCCUUCUCCUUUGUCAGCUUCGUCGUCGACUUCCUUUCUCUCGUCUCCCGCUUCUGCUUCCUCGUGUCAACCAGCCGCGUCUUCGUCUCCGAGACACAAGCUGGGACCUGCUGUGUCGGUCGAUUGGUUCCUUUCUCUCAUUGCUUCUCGGCUCUGCUCGACUAGUUUGCCUCUUCUCCCUUUCGACCCCACUUCUCCGAAGGCGCCGAUUGAUGCCCUGAAACACGCUACCCUCAUUCUGUCGGCGUUCUCUAGCUUUCACUACACUCUAAGGCCCGCUCUGGUGUCUUUGUUUCUCUCGUCCCUCUUCCAAAAAAGCACAACUCAAGGUGCUCACGGGGCUUUUUCCUUCCCUGCUGUUACAUCAGCUGGUUCGUCUCGAACUCCAGAUGUCCCGGAAUGUCUCGCAGUUCGCGCAAACCGAAAAGAACGGCAGGGACCGACGUCUGCCGAAGGCGAAGCAGAACAAGGGGAAGAACGUUCUGCAGAGCGCCGCACAGAUAUGCGCAAACAUGAUGAAGACAGAACCCGUGUUAGUUCGGUUUCAUCCCCGGCGUUCGAACCUGCGAAUGUGAACGGCAGUCUUAAAGACGCCGAGGGUUCCACGAGAAACUCUGCGUCCUCUCAUAUCUCGUUUCCCGAUCCUCUGAUUUGUCCUGCUGCUCUCGGAGUGUCUUGGCGGAUCGCAGGCGAGACAUUGCCCUUUUCUGUCGCUGCGAAGUGUUUCCUCGCUUUGGCCACUCAGUGUGCGUUGCAGGCACGUGAAGUUGUUUCCAAGAGAAAUCAAAUGGGGCACUUGCCCCUCUCUCCUCUUCAAGGGUCCUCUGGGAUUUCGAUACCUCCCGAGGAAUGCCCAUCGUUUUCAUCUCCACUCUCCCAGGAGAGUCUGCCGUCGCGUUCGUCUCUGCCUUACGGCGCGUCUCGUCCCCCUCCCGCCUCCAGCUCUCCGUCGUUGUCUUCUUCUCUUUCCUCUUCCGCCUCGUCCUCUCCUUCUGCUUCUGUCUUGUCUUCUUCCCAUUCAGCAUUCUGCGUCUCGGCGUCACGACCCUCUAUCGUCCCCCCUCUGUGCUCUUCUUCCUCACCGCCACUGGCUUCUUCCGCUGAUCUUUCCGGGACUCCCUUUCGUCACCAACGCGACGACAGCGCCUGCUUGUUUACAGAGAACCUGGCUGGAGGCGUCGCUGCCUCUUUGGCGACGUCGGACGAAGAGCGGCACCUUCUGCUUCUCACUCCAUCUCAGACUCGCGACACUGGUGUAGCGCGAAAGGAAGAGGGAACCCAAGUGGCUGUUCAAAUGGAGGCGCUUAUGCGUCAUCUGCUUUCCUCAGUCGCGCGUCAUCCAGCGUUGCGCAUGGAUGGCGAGGCGCUGGCCGAUUGCGUCGACGGGUGUGCAGUCCUCGUCGUCUCUAUAACUGUGCUUCUAGAUUCCGUUUACUGCUCAUCGGCCUCUGCUUCUGACAAAGAAUGUCCAUCUCAUCACAGUCUGCCGCAUGCCAGGCCCCGUGACGGGUCGUCCAUCGUGCCGCCACGCUGUACUUCGACCUCGUCCGUACAGUCGCGUAUCGGGUCCUCGCUUGCGUCUUCGAUGGAUUAUGUACUGCCGUUUUCUCACUGUCAAUCCUCGUCUCUUGCCUCCCCCUCUGAACUACCUACUCAACCUUCUCUGUCUCUAUCCGACUCGGGAGAGCGGCUCGAGUUGGAAGGUCGUGUUUCCUCCAACGUUUGGGAGGCAGACGAAGAGAGAGGGGGCGGAAAUUCACGAAGAAAUACGCCAGAGGGGUUAGAAGAACGAACAGCUGUGUGGCUUGAGACUGUAAAAGAGAAACUCGCACAAGCGGCCAGUUUGCUGAGCCGCAAUGCUCGCCCACAUCGACGGCAGAAGCGCGCCUUCCUAUCCAGUUCUGACCUCCACUCGACACCGGAUACAUCCGAUGCGUCUCCGUCAAACGUUAUUUCUCCUUCGGUCUCUUAUUCCGGCAGAUGUGCCCCGUCGUUCUCAUUUCUUCGUCCUGCAGCGUCUCCGUCUUCCUCGCUCCCGCGUCCCUCAUCCGCGAUUCCUUUCACAAAAUAUCUGGCAGAAUCCCCGUGUCACCGGUGGCCGUCCUUCUGUUUUCUUCCGUUACUUCGUGGGCGCGUGCAACUGCGUUUGUCGACGACACCAGCGCUCUUUGCGUCCCUCCUGGGCGCGUGGGCACAGGAUCCUCAUUGGUCUACAUCUGCUCUGUUCCACCUUAUUUUCAUGGCGUCGUCUCUUCAGUCGUCUCAGUCCUGUUUCGGCGACUGCCGAUCUUUGACCUCUCACAGUGUCGUCUCUCCUACGCAGACGUGUGCCUCGGCAACAAUGCCAGCGAGACCAGACGGGGCACACACAGACACAAAGGCAGAAACGUCCGGAGACGCGGACAGGCAGAUUGAACUGGUGGGCAAAUAUGAGACGGAAGAGGAAAAACAGAACAUCUUGCAAGGUAACCAGCGAGAGAGUCUCCGCAGCGGGGCUUUGGUCGCGCUCUUAAACACCAUUACACAGCGACUGAAAGGGGAGGAAACGGGCGACCCAUCGCACAGAAGGCAACGCGGCCGAGGCGCGCGUCCAGGGAGAGAGGCUGACGCCAGCCUCCGCGACGAUAGGAAAAGCGAAAAAGGUCCUGAGCAAGAGGGACACAAGACAUGCCACCCAGAGGGUCCCGGUCCCACCAGAUUGCACUAUGCUCUGGAGGCAACAAGUUCUCUUGUGUCUGGGUGCACCACGCCCCCUUCGCCUUCGUAUUCCUCGCAUUCGCCUUCAAUCUCCUCGACUUUUCUACAGUCUGCUUCACUUUCACCACCUCAGGGGAAACGGGGUAACAAGCAGAAAGCGGCGUUCAUCCCUGCAGAGCUUGGUUCCCUCCUGCUGAGCGUGCUGUGCAUACGAUUUACCUUCCAUGGAGCGUAUCGGGGCGCUGUGCCUUUCCUACAUUCCUCUCGAUCACCUUUGUCUGCGGUUCCUCCGUCCUCUACGUCGUCGGAAACAGUCUCUGCUUCUUCGGCUGCUUUUCCCUUAUCUGUGGAUCCCUGUACUCCCUCGACGCAUUUCGCUUCUUCUGUUUGUGCGAAACCUGAAACGCAUUCUCUGCUUCCUUCGUCUCCACAUUCUUCUCCAGCCCCUGCGCACACUAGACGAGUCAAGCCACCAGACAGUCACCCUUGCACAUCCAGUUCAUGGUAUGCUGGGAAGGAACUGACCGAUGAACUUCGCACCAACCUCUCUCUCAACAGUGUAGAACAGUCAGCUAUAUUGUUGGCGGAAACGGUCCUCUCUACCCUCCGUCGAAUCCUGGGUUUUUUGAAGCCGCGCGAAAUCGACGAUCUCAGGCUUGUCUUGUUCGCGUGGCGGCACAUCGGACUUCUAUGGCACAGUCCGCUUCUGCGACUGGCUCCGUUUCUUCCUGCAUCGGCUGUCGCCCCUCUCAGCAUCCCCAUCUCUCCUUUUUCGUCAUUUUCCCUCCCAGCGCUUCGCGUUUGCCAUCGGCUGUUGACCGUCAGUCUCUCCUCGUCGUUAUUUCCAUCGUCGUCUUUCGCCAUCUCCUCGCUGCCACGAGAACCAAUCUUCCUCGGCGUAGAUGCUGCAUUCCAGUUUUCGUCGUCGGCAGUGGAGGUGUCCGUCAAAUCUGAGAUUCUCGAGAUCUUAGGGCACAUUAGACAUGCGAGUGGUACUAUUGCUAUCGAUGACGGCGAAAGCGACAAACCACAAGACACUGCUCACCGAAAAGAAGAAGAGGUCGCGGAUCGACUGAGAAACAUGAGUGCGUUUGCUAUUAGUUCCCCAUCUGAUGUUGUGUCAUAUAUUUCGCCUCUGCCAGUGUCACUGCUGCUUCCUCCCUUGUGUCACUGGUCAGGUAUCGAGGCAUUGGUAGGAAGCAGUAGCCGUGAAAGCGACUGA